UGAUGAAGUCCAGAAGGAUCUGCGCUCUUGUUGUUUGACUGGAGAGAUUAAACGCUGCUGUGGAGCGGAUGAUGGAGAGGGUUACCCGUGGAAGUGUGCUUCUGCUGGUUUUCUGUGUUUGUAGUUGUGUUCUGACAGUUUUCUCGCAGUUAAACGCCGGAUCGAGAGCGGCGGCAGGUGCUCUGCGUGCGCGGACGCGAUGGACGAAUAACGGGCGCGUGUUUCAUCUAGUGAGUCGCGGGUCCGAGUUUGUGCCACCGGGCCGAACAGUGCCGAACCGACGAGCCGCUGGACCCGUGAUCCCGAUCAGUGACGGUCACAACACGAGCUCAAACUCUCCAACAGAAACAACUGACACUCAGAGAACAGAAGACAUGAUGAUGGGAGAUGAUCCAUAUGAUCCAUAUAAAUCCGUCCGGAACAGUCCACAUAAUAAUCCAUAUUAUAAUUAUUAUGACUCGUACUACAGACCCCGACACAGCACUCAGAGACACAACGGCUACGGAACCAGAUACUUCCAGAAUGGUCUUCCAGAUCUUGUGGUGGACCCGUAUAUGAUCCAGGUGUCCACGUAUGUCCAGAGAGUGCCCAUGUACAAUCUCAGGUGUGCUGCGGAGGAGAACUGCCUGGCGAGUUCUGCUGCUAAUGCUCGGGACUAUGACACCAGAGUUUUACUACGGUUCCCUCAGCGUGUGAAGAAUCAAGGAACCGCAGACUUUCUCCCCAGCAGACCGAGAUAUGCGUGGGAAUGGCACAGCUGUCACCAUCACUACCACAGUAUGAAUGAGUUCUGUCAUUACGAUCUGCUGGACGUGAGCACACAGAGGAAAGUAGCGGAGGGUCAUAAAGCCAGUUUCUGCCUGGAGGACACGUCAUGUGACCCGGGAUACUACCGCCGUUACGCCUGCACGUCUCACACACAGGGUUUGAGUCCAGGAUGUUAUGACACAUACAGCGCAGAUAUCGACUGUCAGUGGAUCGAUAUCACAGACGUUCAGCCGGGGAAGUUCAUACUCAAGAUUACUGUAAAUCCAGGUUACCAUGUUUCAGAGUCAGACUUCAGCAAUAAUAUCGUCCGCUGUGACGUUCACUACACUGGUAACUAUGCUCACGUGUCCGGCUGCACCAUGUCCUCACACUAGAUCAGCGAGAGCAGAGGACACACACACACACACACACACACACACACACACACACACACACACACACUGAGCCAGCGGCGUCUAACGAGAGCGAUGACAACAUUCAGUCUUCAGGUUUACUGUGCACAGAUUGUCAUUUUCUGACAAAAAGAACCAAAUAUCUGUAUAACAACUACUGUCAAUUAAAAUGUUAUGAUGACUGUAUGACACAGUAUGAACAACCUGAUCUGACAACAUGUGAACAGCUAUUCUUCACAGUAUUAUGCAAUGCUGUCUUUAUUAGUGUAAGAUAAUUAUGAAACACAAUCCAGUUGUACUUGUAGGAUUUUUAUCUUCAUUACAUGCAUCUUUGAAAGGAUUGAAGAUAUCUAUUUAAUCACCAUGAUCAUAUUGUUUCUAAAUAAAGAUUAGUUUUAAUGAUGUUUAGGAGGCCAGUAGAAGAAAGUGUAAUGAGACGUAAAAGAGAGACUGAAGAUGCUGCACUAUAAACUAAAGUGUAAAAAGUCAUUUUCAGAUUUUAGUUGAAUGUUUUCUGUGUUCUUUAAGACAUUCUUUAAAUGCUUUGCCUCUUAAGGGUGCUAUUGAUAUUAUACUUUUGUUUAGGAGGCAAAUAUUACUUGAAUAAAAGCUAUCAGAUGACAAUAUGAAUUUGAAGUCUGUGUGUGUACAGUAUAAAUAACAUAUGCAAUGCACGUGUGAGUGUAUGUGCCUGUCUCCAUCUGUUGGUCCAUGUGUCUCUGUGUGUUUGUAUGUAUGUUUUGAGCAAA